AUGACAAACUCCAACAGCCCAUAUCCUUCCCCUUCGAUCCUCUACAACAACACUUCUAACAAAGCCCCGCAGAAGAAGAGCGUCAAGCUCCCUGUACUCCGGCCUUCGCCGGCAGGGGUUCGAAAGCCAGCUGCGCGCCACUCAACCCCCAAUCAGGAACCUCUUCCCUCGACCUGCCGAGCUGUGGAGAGCGAAAUGAGGCCAGAAAAUAGCUAUCAGAGCCCCUAUGCCUACCUGGCGCCAUCCCAGCAGCCAGACACUCGGUCCGCUGCAGCUCCAGCUGUUGCCUCUCCGCCCGUAACUCCAGGCGUGUCUGCGCAUCCGGCUGCUGCGGAUUUGAUCCGAGCCGACGAGCGCCUCGAAAUACGCGAGGAGCUUCUCGGCCGUGGCUACAAGCUACCCAGCGGUCUGUUGCGGGCGCGGGAGCAGACCCCGGGAACGAAAAUUGAGGACCAGGAGGACGAGCAAAACUCGCGCAACCUCACUCUGGGCCAGAAGCUGCGCCGCGCCGAGCUGUCCGUCGAGAUCGAGGAAAGAGAAGUUGGGGGCGCUUCAGGCCGAGGUCGACGCGGCGAAGGCGACCCUCGCGGCCGCAGGAAAGGUGUUGCGGCAGGCCAAGGACCGGCUGCGCGAGGCGAAAGGGAAGGUGGACAAAAUUGUCGAAGAGGUACCACGCUGUCUAGGGCGCUGGGGUGGUUCUUGGACGUUGAGUUUUUUGCUUGA